UAGUGCAGUUUUUCAGUCUGAUAAUGAAAGUGCUGUACAUAGUGUCUUUUCUCCCCUUGCUUAACGUGUGCGGUAGUGCUCGGAUAUUGGCAGUUAUACCAGUACCCUCCUUCAGUCAUCAAGUAGUCUUUCACCCCUUAUGGAAGGAGCUGUCCUUACGUGGGCACCACGUAACGGUGCUCACAACAAAUCCAAUCAACGACCCGCUCCUUACAAAUUUAACCGAAAUCGAUUUGAGUUUCUCCUACAAGUUCCUGGAAGAAGAACUCGGUAAAAUUAUUACUUCAAGUCAGAACCCCAUAAAAUCGCUUCGUGCGUCGAUGGACGCGUUUAUUAACGUUGUCGACGCACAACUACGCAGUCCAGAGGUGCAAAAACUUAUUCAGGACCCGUUUGAACACUUCGACCUUCUAAUCGUUGAGUACUUUCUCGCUGCUCCAGUUUACUUUGCGAGAAAGUUUAAGUGCCCACACAUUGGGAUACUCUCCGUAGACGCUCCCAAUACGAUCCAAAAAGCAAUUGGUGGUGUAGGUCACCCCAUUCUUUAUCCACAUCAGUUUGCACAACUGUACGGACCCACCAACCUCUUCCAGCGUGUGUACUUGGUCGGAUUGGAAUUGCUCUAUACAUUUGGUGUCCAUUAUUUUGAAUCGCAAGAGAAUGUUGGAAAAAAAUACUUCGAAGAUGACACUCCCGUUAGAGCAAUCUUUCAGAACGCCAGUCUAUUGUUCGUGAACUCAGAUCCGAUCUUCAGCUAUGUGAGACCUCUACUUCCGUCUAUUAUUCCAAUUGGUGGCAACGUGGCUAGACUCCCGGUUAAACCUUUAGAACAAAACGUCAAGAGGUACCUGGAUGAAGCACGUCAAGGUUUUAUCUACUUCAGUUUGGGGUCAAACGUUAAAGGUAAGGAUAUUCCGGCCGACACCAUGAACGUCAUACUUGCAACCUUCCUGGAAAUUCCCUACAAGAUACUCUGGAAGUACGAGCUUAGCGAUUUACCGAGCAAGCCCGAUAAUGUAAUGAUCUCAAAGUGGGUUUCUCAGAUGGAAGUUUUGAGGCAUCCCAAUUUGAAGCUCUUUAUAACGCACGGCGGAGCGCAGUCCAUGGAGGAGACGAUUUCGGCCAGAGUUCCCGUCGUCGGGAUGCCUUUCUUCGCCGACCAACCCUUUAAUGUUAAGAAGAUGGUCUCUAUGGGUUUCGCGUUGUCGGUGGAUUACAGGUCGAUGUCGAAAGAGCAAUUUAGGGCCGCGAUUUUGGAAGUAAUCAAUAACCAAAGGUAUCGAAAUCGCAUCACGGAGUUAGCCGAUUUGGUCGAGGAUCAGCCGAUGACCGGUUUGGAACGGGCCGUGUGGUGGACUGAGUAUGUGAUUCGUCACAAGGGUGCCACACACUUUAGGAGUCCGGCUCUCGAUAUGCCUUUGUACCAGUAUUACUUCUGGGAUGUCAUCGCCGUCUUAGUUUUUAUUAUUACAGUACUUUUGUGUAUAAUCGUGGUCGUUUCAAAAAUUUGUCUGCGAUUUUUAAACAAAGCAUUUUUCCGAGUUAAAGUGAAGAAGGGUUAGUGGAAGUGGCCUUUCGGAUCCUUUGGAACCAUUAUAGUUUUACUAACACAAUGCGGUAUAUGAAAGUGUUAAUAAUUUUGUAAGUGAAUUCUUCACUGUUUUUGAAAUGCAUGAAUAAAUGGCU